UCAAAUCACAAAUUAUUGCAUGCAUGUACUAGUAAUAUGUAAAACCUAGUGAAACACAAAAGAUACUAGUAUAGGUGAAUUAUUUCAUGAGAUAUACAAUAUUGUUCUCUAAAUUGAACUUAAAUUAUUUGUACGAAUUUGAAAAUACAACACAACAAACAGACUAAAGGUAAUUAUUGACCUUUUUUUUCAUUUUCACCCCCUAUUACAAUUCCUCAAAGGGGAUCACAAAUUCAUUGAAUAAUUUAGUAGAAAACUGUGAUUACGAAGAAGGCAUCAUUUUGUUUCUGGUUAUAUUUAUACGAUAUAAAAUAACUUUGUUAGCUAGUUGGAAAUCGCAUUACAACCAGAAUCAAGUAGGUAAAGUUUCAAUGAUGUUUAGUAAAGUUUCAAUGAUGUUAACCUUUAUUAUUAUUAUAUGUAAACAUUUUCAUAACUGUUUUCAUAAAUAAUUGCAUUAACAAAUAAUGAUAAAGUUUAGAGCUAAAAAAACUAAAAAAAAAAUGUACAAUUCAACACCAUGAAAUGGUUCUAAUAACGAUAUACCUUCCAUUAUUUAAAUAUUUCAAUUACUUACAACUGGAGGUACAUUCGUAUAAUUCUUUUAUACUAAUAUGAAUCUGUAAAAUGGGUUAGGGCAGUUUACGCAUUAUAAACCGCGAAGCUAUUAAUAAUUUUUCUACCCCUAUUCAUUAUAUUAGGAACCAUAGAAUUAAAAAAAAAUAUCCAAAAUGUCAACAUACAGAAUUCUUUUAAUUAUAGGUGGUAAUAUUUUACAAAAAAGGGAGCAUAUCAAUUGGUUUAAAACUCCGAUAUUUCUUUAUUGACAGUCAUUUGUACGAUAUGCGGUUUUUUUCGAUUGAUUUACAGAUUUUUAUACAGAGAACUUUAAGUACAGCGAAUUCUCUAAUUGCACUCCCCUGAAGUAUCUGAUUAGAUUGAUUUACUGUAUAUUUAUUUUAUACUGGAAAUGGUGCAAUAAAAAUGAAUAUUUUACACAUAAUGAUAUUUGUUCAAGUAUCAUUCAAAGAAUUCUCUAAAUGCAGUCCCCAGGUGAAUUUAUGAUUUAUUUAGAUUGGUUUACUGUACAUUUAUUUCAUACUUGGAAUAAUACAUCGUGAAAUAAAUAAUUUACGCAACAAUAUUAACUUUAAAAUCCUGUGAUAAUAUUUCAUUGCAAUCCUCUGCACCAAUUUUUUAUUUUUUUUCUAAGAAUGAUGCAUUAUAGAAUGAAUAUUUUACACAAAUAAUAUUUGUUUACUUAAAAUUCAGAAAACUCCACUCAAUGCAACCCCAUGCACUAGUUUUAAUUCAUUUUUGAUUGAUUUACUAGGACUUUUACAGCACCAAACAGACAAGACUUACGUGUAUCACCAACGCAGAACCGAAAAGCUGAUCUCGGUUUUGCUUUGGUCGUGGUCUGCUUCAAAUAAUAUAGACAAUUGGUCAUUUUUCAAUUGCAAUAUGAGGUUCUGCUUCUCACACCGGGGUCUGCUUUGUUUGUACGCCCUGGGUCAGCCUGAGGUCAGCUCCGGGUCCUCCAAAGCAGACCAGAGGCAGAACCUGUGCGGAUAGAGAAAGCAGACCAGGGUUUGGUUUGGGUCUGCUUUCUGUAAGGAUUGAUAUGAGUAGUAUAGGCGUCUGUUUAACCCCCCAAAACAAUGGGCAAUUGUUUAAAAAAGAACAAUAGGAGAACAAUGGGGGAGUAUCGAUUGGAGGCAGGUGGGGACCACCUGCCCCACCUGUCCCACCUCUCCCCCUAAGAUUUUUAACCCCCCAAGACAAUGGAGAUUUAUAACCCCCCAAGACAAUGGAGAUUUAUAGCCCCCCCCCAAGAAAAUGAAGAUUUUUAACCCCACAACACAAUGGGUAUUGUAGGGGGUGGGGGGUGGUCACCCGACCCGAUAUAUGUAGACCAUCAAAACACAACGGGGUAUUGUAUGGAGAUGACAAAAGCAAGUAUUUGUCAUUGACCUUAACAAAGAGGAAAGGGAAAGCAGACCUGAGUGUAGUAAAACUGAACGUGUACUUUUAAAACAGGGUUAGAGUAAGGACACGAUCAUAUGAAUGAAAAUGGAGGAGAUCGAUUACCCGAGCGUAGUAAAAGAAAAUCGAUAUGGAGUGAAAGGUGUCCUUUUAAAUAUACAGAGAGGAAACUAUGAAUGGAGAUCGGCUAGAUUUGAAUAUCGGUGUUGUUUGAGUAAUGAUACGGAGAUUGGGUAGAUUUAAAUCUCGUUGUCGCUUGAGUAAAGAUACCCGAACGUAAAUGUCUGAGUAAGGAUGCCUGAACGUGAAUAUUUUUCUAUCUAUCUUUUUCUUUCAUUCUCUAUCAUGUUUUAACCUAAGGGACACGGUUGCGUGAGAACAUUCCACCUUCUGGCAGUUUGAAGCAAUCUCGACCAAUUGUAAUAUUGUAGAAAAUGCUGCUAGCUACAAGGAAUGUUUUUUCUGUCUAUCUUUUCUUUCAUUCUUUAACAAGUGGUUAAUCCUGAGGAACUCUACUGCGUGAGAAAACACCGCCCCCUGUCAGUUUGAAGCAAUUUCGACCAAUCGCAAUAUCGUAAAAUACUGCUGACUACAAGAAAUGUAACUUCGACAAUUUCAUUUUCUGACCAGAUCGAUCGCCGCUCAACAUGAACACGAACUGUAGGUUGAUUAACGGACGUGCUGUGUGCCCGCCAGUGCAAUUUAUCACUCCCAGAAUGUGGGACCAAGAGUCCGAUGAAUCUCUAGACAUUAGUAUAACCGCAUUGGUUCUGGCCCUCCUCCUCCUGCUCGGGUGGAUAGCCAAGAGGAUGAUGAGACACUGCGCCCGAGUGAGGAGGAGGAGCAGAGGUUUAGAAACUGUUCCAAAGGAACGUUUUGAAAUAGAACCCCGGCAAGGGCUCAACCCCCAAAGACAAUCUGCACCACCCCCGCCACCCCAAGCUAGGUCGCUACCAGAGCCACCCCCGCGGGCGACUCCAGCCAGGUCUCUGGCACACCCACCACCGCGGGCGCAUGCGGGGGGGGGGGAAAUAUAA